AUGGUACUUAGAGGAAACAACAAAGGUGUAUCUGAAGGUAUUUAUAUUUUCUUACAAACUAUUUGUUGCAAAAGAAACUCAUCUGUGCUUGGUGGUGUAGACCCACUCUUGGCAGCGCGGGUUGCGAUGCAUGUGUUUGUCUCAGUUGGGUUUACAUCACAUAUUCCCUCCUUCCUUCUUUCCAUUACUCUUUCUUCAUCCAUCUUGGCUGUGGUAUUGAUUUUUAUUAUUUUCCUUACAGUUGUUCUUCAUCGAUUCUUAUUAUUUUACCGAUUCUUCUUUGUUCCUCUAGCUAUUGCAGUUCGAAGCUCCAUCUUAUCUGAUAUUUCUUCUUGGCGGAAAAUGGAUCAUACACCAUUAAACAAGCUGGAAAUGGGUCAGCGCGGGUACACUGUGGUCGCUCGCGUUGCAAGGAUGUGGGAUUCUACAAAUCCAUCUCAACAAGACCAGCUGAUGAGUGUCGACCUCCUUUUUGUUGAUGAACAGGGAACAACUAUACAAGGAUCCAUCAGGAAAGAAGAUGCAAACAGGAUGAAGGAGUUGUUCGUGGAGGGGAAAAUCUAUCAGAUAUCAAAUUUCUUUGUUGGGGCUGCGAGAAAGAGUUUUAGAAUUUCAAAGCACGACCAAAUUAUCCGAAUUGGUACAUGGACCAUCGUAUCGGAAAUGUCUGAUACCGAAAAGAACAUUCCAAUGAAUUGUUUUAAUUUUGUCGACGACCAAAUAUUGGAGUCAAGAUUGUACAAUGAUGCUGACCUCACUGAUAUCAUGGGUCACUUAACUUCUGUUUCUAAGCUCACAACUACUUUUGCUAAUGGAAGGAUGGUUGGGAAAAAAAACCUUCUUAUCAAUACUAUCAGCAACAAGACUAUUCCAGUCACCUUAUGGGGUAAAAUAGCUGAUGAAUUUGAAGAGGACAAUGUUCUAAAGAUCCCCAAAAAAGAUCGUAUUAUCAUUGUCCUUUCAGGAAUGACUGUGAAAUCUUUUCGGGGUGAAACAACACUGUCAAGCACAUCGGCCACCAAAAUCUACCUUAAUCUAGAUAUACCAGAAGUUCACAAAUUCCACAACAAGUCUUGGUAUCAAUUAACCACAACUGUGGGAAUCUGGGGUCCUAAUCCUGGAAGGUUUAGGACCUUUUUAACUUCAUCCUAUGUCCAUGUUCCACUACAACUAACAACAACUUCUUCAAUCAGCAUGUCCUAUCCAAGUGAGGUAACAAUCCUUGAUGAUUUGCGGGACUCAGAGAUGCCAAUAGCACUGAUCCCACAAAAUAAUCAAAAGACAAUUUCAGAACUCAUCUCUCUCGAUAAAAAAACAAAUAUGGGGAAAAAAUUCACUACUGUGGGUUCAAUAACAGAGAUAGACGCAUCAAGGGGAUGGUGGUAUAAUGCAUGUCCAAAAUGCAAGGUCGGUAUCAACAGCUAUGAAGGAAAAUUGUCCUGCAACAAGUGUGGACCAACGGCAAAAUUGCCAAUCCCAUGGUACAAAGUAAGCAUGUAUGUGACGGAUGGGACACAUGAUGCUAAAUUUCUCUUGUUCGGCAAACAUGUCGAGAGGAUGAUAAAAAUACCAGCAAGCACUUUGUCUGAUCUUCCAAGUUCUGUUCGAACCGAAGUUCCAACAAUCAUGCUGAAUCUCUAUGGCAAAACCUACAACUUCACUGUAUCAAUCAAUGAGAGGGAAAACAACUCUGAAACUUUGACCUUCAAUGUCUCUCAAGUUUAUGAAAAUGAUCACGAUCCAAAUAAGGCAGCUGUGGAACAAUCACACUUCCAAAUCUCAGGAACUGAUGGGAAGAAUGAUCUGGCCAGUAGCUUUACAGACAAUUCAGAGAACAAGCGAAAUAGGGCUAUCAUAACAGAGGAAAAGAACUACUCGCACGGGAAAAAUAAGCGUCGUGCAGACAUUUGA